AUGAAUGUCUCGAAUCUUCCGGCCUCUGACCUGUUGUCUUCGCAACUUGGCCCUGUAGUUCAAGACGCCGAAGAAGGUGCCCCAUAUUCCACGUGCUUGUGUGUGACACAGAGUAUGAUGCUGACAUCUCCCCCAGAGACCUUCCUGUUGUUCAGCCAAGAUAUACCCAGUAAUAAUCUUGGCUUUGUUGAUCAGAAGGCGGAGGUGAUCGAACUUGAAAUUGCGGGUCGCGAAUAUUUUAUUCGACAGUCCCCCGGUCUGCUCAACUCCAACAACCACUCUGGCACAACAGGUGCAGUUCUAUGGAAAGUCACUCCUCUUCUGGCUGAGUGGCUCUCAAGUAGACCACCAAUCCUCGCUGCCCUCAACGCUCUUCAUCCCCAGGCCACGGUGGUAGAGCUGGGUUGUGGACUAAACGGCCUUAUUGGACAAGUCCUAUCACACUCGGUCAGAAGAUAUGUUUUUACGGACCUACCUUUUAUUAUCCGACAUUUGAAGACCAACCUAGUGGAGGCAACACCGUCCCGUCGAAAGCAUGAACAGAAACAUAAGAAGCCCACUUCUCCACCCACACGACCAGUGCCAGGCCAAGAUGUGUUACAGUUCUGCGCUCUCAAUUGGGAGACCGAUGAGGCAGAGACCUUGAAUCCGACCCUGACCUCUGACGGCAGUAUUGACCUUGUAAUUCUUUGUGACUGUGUCUACAACGAGUACCUGGUGAAGCCUUUGGUACAGACAUGUGCUGACAUUUGCCGUCUGGGCCAAAAGGGGAACAAGCCUCCUGUGAUGAUCAUUGCUCAGCAACUGCGUUCUGAUAUCGUUUUUGAAGAGUUUCUCGACAAGCUGAUCCAACAUUUCAAUGUGUGGCGAGUGCCUGGCGACAAGAUAUUGUCAGGACUGGGGACAAACUCUGGGUAUGUUGUCCAUCUGGCCAUCUUGAAGGACAUGGAAGAUGGUGCAUGAAUGUCGCCGAUUGUGAAGAACCAAGAGCGGGACUACAGCUUCUGAAUGCACACUGACUGAUACAAUAUUGAACUGAACACUCUCAUCCUCACAGAUCCAGAAGGCGC